UCAUCUCGCCGUCUGCAUCUCUUUUUUCUUCUUCGCUCUCGACCUCGAAAUGGCUGGCUACACCCUUACCCGUGUCCCCGCUGGUGUCUACCCCCUCUUCGCCAUCAUGGGCAUUGCCACUGUUGGUGCUGGCUGGUGGCUCACCUACCUGGCCCGUCACCAGGACAUCGUCUGGAACCGCAAGAGCAACCCCCAGCCCUGGCAGGCCGUCCAGCAGAACCAGACCACCAAGCUCUAUGACCCCAACGCCCGCUUCGAUUCCAAGUGGCGCCGCACCGAGUUCUAAGCGCUCCAUCAACGCAACUACCUCUCUCUGUCCGCAUGUUCAUUGAUCCCAUCGUUUACCCCCGGCUCGGGUUGUCUCCAGUCUAGAAGUUGUGUGCAGUGCGAUCGUUUGCCCGAAACCGACCUGUAGAUUCGGACGGCAGUAUCUUUUUCUUCCCCCAAAGACUCCGUUGCUCUCGUGGUCUCUUCUCCCCUUUGCUCUCGUGCAGCUGCACAAGCUCCGUAUAAAUACAGCGUAGCCAGAUUUUGGUCUGUUUUGGACACGA